GUUUCUGUCUGUCUGACCCAUGGAGGCGAAGAAGAGCCAUUAACGCAAAUAUAAUAUCCCAAUAAUUCGUGUAGGAGCGUGUCUCAUCUGUGCCUGGACGACUGGUGUGGCCGUCCAACUUUGACUAGUACUACUGCUGCAGUUCGUCCACUCGCGGUCAUAAGUCAUAAGUCAUUCAUCCAGGUCUUGAAGCUGCAGCCUGCAGGCCCCUGCAGCCAUGGCGAGCUCCAUUAGUAGCAGUAGUAUUACCUACACCUUGCAGACAGCUCUAGUGAUCUCUUCUUCUUUGCUUGUUGCAGCAGAUGUUGGAGGAGGGCAAAGCAACAACCACUACUGUCCUCCUUCCUCCUGUGGUGAUCUUCACAACAUAUCCUACCCUUUCCGUCUUCAAGGCGAUUCGCGCGAUUGCGUUGCUGCUCCCCGUCCAUGGUAUGACCUGUCCUGCAGCAACACUGGCAAGGCCACCAUUCAGAUCAACACAAGAACAUACUACGUGAGUAGCAUCAACUACACCGAUCUGUCCUUCUUGGUCACCGACGCCACCAUGCAGGAUGAUGAUAGCAGCUGCCCUCUUCCUCCAUCCGAUCACCCUCCUUACAGUACUGACGAUCUGUUGGACCGUACUACAACUGAUUCUUAUGGCUUUCUCGAUUUGGCUACUUCUUCAGACAGUGCUUGGGCAUGCUUUGUGAAUUGUUCCAGACCAAUACAAGAUACUACUAGUCCAUGGUACUUCAACGAGCAUAUAACCGGCGCAAGCAUUCCGAAUAUAGCCCGUGCUAUUUUCUGGAGCGAACUGUAUUUCACACGCUGCAGAGUUGCUGGUCACGCCUACACAACAAAGUUUAUGACACUUAUGGUUAUCAUAGUAUCUGCCAUCGUUAUCAUCAAGCUCUACAAAGUUUAUGACACUUAUGGUUAUCAUAGUAUCUGCCAUCGUUAUCAUCAAGCUCUAUUUUGGUUAAUGUUGGCGCCGCUGGUGGUAUUCAUCUUCCUUGCCCACAAGUACUGGAAAACAAGGAUCACAAUCGAUGCGGUAGAGAAGUUUCUCCAGAUGCAACAGAUGAUUGGUCCAAUGAGGUACGCCUACACUGACAUCAUUGCAAUCACAUCCCAUUUUCGAGACAAGCUAGGACAAGGAGGCUAUGGCUCUGUAUAUAAAGGCGUACUGCUCCCCGGCAAUGUACAUGUUGCCAUCAAGAUGUUGUCCGGUAACUCCAACUGCAACGGAGAUGAAUUCAUUAGUGAGGUCUCCACCAUCGGUCGGAUCCACCAUAUCAAUGUAGUGCGUCUGGUCGGAUUCUGCUCGGAAGAAAUGAGAAGAGCGCUCGUCUAUGAGUACAUGCCUCGGGGCUCUCUUGAUAAAUACAUCUUCUCAUUAGAGAAGUGUUUCUCCUGGGACAAGCUGAAUGAGAUCGCUUUGGGCAUUGCAAGAGGGAUCAACUACCUGCAUCAGGGGUGCGAGAUGCAGAUUCUGCACUUUGACAUCAAGCCUCACAACAUCCUUCUUGAUGAUAACUUUGUCCCAAAAGUUGCCGAUUUUGGCCUUGCCAAGCUGUACCCAAGAGAUAAGAGCUUUGUCCCAGUGAGCGCUGCACGAGGAACAGUGGGUUACAUAGCUCCUGAGAUGAUCUCUCGGAGCUUUGGUACCAUAUCAAGCAAAUCUGAUGUGUAUAGCUUUGGGAUGCUGCUACUAGAAAUGGCCGGAGGAAGAAGAAAUGCAGAUCCGAAUGCAGCAAACUCAAGUCAGGCAUACUAUCCAUCCCGGGUGUACAAGCAGUUGACUCGACGAGAAACAUGUGAGAUCUCUGACAUUGUCGACAUGCAUGAGCUGGAGAAGGAGCUUUGCGUUGUUGGAUUACGGUGCAUUCAGAUGAGGUCAUCUGAUCGACCGACGAUGAGCGAGGUGAUAGAGAUGCUUGAAGGUGGCAGCGAUGAUCUCCAAGUUCCUCCCAAGCCAUUCUUCUGUGAUGAUGAGCAACCCCUUGGAGUAGAGCCUUACCAUCUGUCAUCUGAUCUGACUGCAAUCUCUGAAGCUGAAGAGGACGAUGACGACGAAAGCAUUAGCCUGUUUCAGAGCUUUAGCUACCAGUAACUUAGUACUAGUAGUAUGCACGUUGCGAAAUGCUGACUGCUGAAGCUGCUUAUAUAUGUGAUGAUUGUAUUUUUCUGUGUACGCUAGCGUCAUUACGCGGAGGCCCAUGUAUAUGUAGUUUUAUGAACUUAGUAUUAUCAAGCAAAGAAGUACAGUGAACUUGUCCUUA